UCUAUUUGUCUUGUAUUACGUCUCCUGUUAGUCUAUGAGUCGUAGUAGUUUAAAACUAUCGUUGCUACACCUGCUAUAUUAAGACAGAAGACAAAGAAACAAGGAAACUGCAGCAACAACUGGAACUUUGUGACUAAUCUUAGUUUCUGGCUUAGUGUAUGGCUAUGCUACUCACUUUUUAGGGUCACUAAGUAUUGUUGGCAUCAUUUCCUACUAGUAUAAAAGGCUAUGAUCGUUUGCAGCCUUUGGCUUAGCUAGGAUAGCUACUUUCUCUGCAAGUUUCCAAGGAAUUGGAGGUUACAAAGAAAAUUAAAAGAUUAAUUAACAAUCGUCCAACCUCAUCUGAAAUUUAUAGUGUCUAUGCUGAUACCAACGUUACCUGUUGGCAAAGCCUUUGCCAUAAUUAUUAUGCUGUGUGGAUUCUAGGCUGAAACAAUUCGAUUUAGACAUAGUUAACGAUCUUUACCCAUUCUCAAGAGUAUAUAACCGGGCGCGCGGCGCGGCAUUGUUGUCAAACCAAUCACUGUGUGAAAAUGAAGCAAAGAAUCAGGACAGUUACAUUAUUAGUAUUUUUGUAUCUAUUGCGUUCGAGUUUAGCAUCAAUCUCAGAGGUGUGCAACAAAGAGAGCUGCUACAUCCCCACUGACCAAAACCUGCUGCAUGCAUUCUACACUGAUGAGCUUCAGGCUAUAGUGGAAGCUAGAUGCUUUGCUGCAUGCUCCAGUGAAAUACUUGAUGAGGCUUCUCUGGUAUCUGCUCCACGACCAUUUGUGGACCCCUCCUUUCUACAUUGUGAUAAUGUAUCCAAGAUUGAGGACUGCACCCAAGGAUGUGUGAUUAAAGCAACGAUGAAUUUAACCUCAAGCUUGUGCACCGGACAAUGUAGGACUGACUGUGUGGAGUGUGAGAGCACUGAUCAGUGUAGUCAGCUAUAUUCUGACACCACUUGCUCUAGAACCUGUAGUGAGGAGUACUGCAGACAAGGUUGCUCAAUCUCUAAUGGCAGUGAUAACAUAGUUGACGACCACUCUCUGCUUGAUUCACCAACUCUCCAAAAGGUUACACAAUCACCAGAAUUGUUUCGAGCUGGACUUUUCGAUUUCUCAAUUAGUUCCAUCCCAUCAUUGAAUAGCACUGUCUCGGUUUUGAUAAUUAAAAUAGAGUACCAAGGGAACGCAAGUGUUGAGACCAAGUAUCUACUUUAUCAUGUCCCACCGAGUGUUUUGGAUUUGAGUCGUCUGGCUUGUACGACAGUUGCUGUUUCUGUUGGCCUGGUUACUAGAGAGGGUGGUUUUGGUUUCUCUGACACUACAAUGGUGUGUGUCCAUGGAGAGACGAGAUUCCCCGGGAAACCAACUAAUUUGACUAUCCAAGUGAGUGAGGAUUUCCGAGAUGGCUUCGCUGGUCUGGCUAGGGCUAUAAUCACGCUUAACUGGCAGAAACCUACAGAUUCUGAGUACAUUACACACUACAAUAUUGUUCUGCGACAGCCAGCAUUCAGACCCAAUUGUGGUACGAUGUUACAGCUUUACACUGCAAACAAGAAUGCUACCAGUUUUAAGAUGGCUGCCAGGAGAGCUACUGAUGGACCAGUGUUUGGUUCACGAGGAGGAUGCUUAUACAACAUUACUGUUCAAGUAAAACCCGGCUCAGGGCGCUCUGCAGAGAUACCGCGUGCACUCAUUAGCAGAGUUAGUGGAGAGAAACCUACGCUCGAUUUACGAUGCUUCUCUCGUCAAAAUGAGAACACUGGUCAAUUCUCAGUUCUAGCUGUCUGGAGUAUCAUUCCUAAUGGUCACAAUUUCACUGCUAUCCAUGAGAGUUUGUCUCGUGCCGAUAUGUUUGUGAACGUGAAACCUGUCAAUAGUUCUAUUCCUGGACCAGGAAGAUUGUUGAUAUUCAAAAAAAUAGCUGUGGGAUCCGAUUCACUAGGAAAGGAGAAUGAAAGUUUUAUAUAUUAUCUCACCAGUAAUUUUCUGGCUCGUUCUUUGUACAUGCAUUACCACUGGAACUUGUGGAUACUCGUUUUAAGAUUCAAUCCAUUCGCAAUGAAGAGUUCUUUUAUCGUCUGCUACCAUCAAUACAAUUAUGCUCCAUAACAACCAAGCCCUUACCCCCUCGUGCGGUAGACCAAGCCACCAUUACAGUAGAGCAAGAAAACUUGUCACCAAU